GCUUCUGUCUUUUAUCUCGACCCAAAGGUAAAACGGAUUUAUUUGUAACUGUUAUCUGUGUUGCCCUAUUGUAAAAGGAGAAGAGAAGGGAAAAGCGAUACUACAAAGAAACAGCCGCCGACUCUUAUUACAAGGCCGGCUGAUCUGCAGUGUUUCGGUCAUUUCGUUCAUUCAUUAGAAUCAAUCCAGUCCUCCAAUGGUCUGCAGAAUUUCCAAAAAACUUUUGCUGCUUUUGACUCUUUGGACGGGUAUAUUCUGCAAUUAUGCCUGCUAUUCUAUAAUAGCACCUUUUUUCCCACAAUUGGCGAGAUCGAAAGGUCUGAGUGCUGAAGAAUAUUCUUUGGUGUUUGGAAUCUACAGCCUCUCUCAAAUCACGUUCAGUGUCAUUGUUGGCAGAAGUCUGACAAAAAUUGGUCCUAAAUUUGUGGUUGUUGCAGGUCUUUUUUUAACAGGAGGAUCAACAGUCUUGUUUGGAUGUCUGGAGAGGAGUCCCGGAGGGGCCAUGUUCUUUUGGCUCUGCAUGGCUGUUAGAGCUGUUGAAGGUGCUGGUUUCGCAGCUUAUCUCACAAGUUCUUUGGCUGUCCUUGUCAGAACAUUUCCCACCGAUCCAGGAUACUAUGUGGGACUGACCGAAACUAUAGUGACCGUAGCUAUGAUAUCUGGACCUCCACUGGGAAGUUUCCUUUAUACAAUUGGAGGCUACAGCUGUCCGUUUGUUUCAUUUGGAGCUGUCAUCAUUGUGAUGAGUGUGGCUUCGUAUUUUCUUAUUGCAGAAGAGAAACCAGAUGCUAGCGAGAAAAGUGACUCUUUAACCUUGAAGGAGUACCGAGGUCUCCUGAAAUUGCCAUCUGGUGCAAUGGUUCUCGUAACUGUGACCUGCAACGUCACUGCAGACGCAUUCAUACUCAUUGCAUUAAGUGAACACCUCAAUCAGUUUCAUUUGACGCCCAUGAUUAUUGGUUCCAUCUAUUUAUGUCUUUUCCUCUCGUACGGACUGAGUUCUCCAAUAUCUGGAAAAAUAGCUGAUAAAAUGGGUGGUGAGUUCUUACUACAAACUGGAGGUUGUAUGAUAAUGACAGUUGCCUUCGUUCUUAUAGGACCAGCAUCUUUUAUUAACUUCAAACCAAAAGUAUGGAUGAUUAUAACUGGUCUAUUGCUGAAAGGAUUAGGAGCUGGUCCUCUCAUAUCUUGUUCCUAUUCAGCAGCUUUGAAAGCAGCCAGGCGUUCUGGUUUAGCCGAAGAUUUUAGAACAUACAGUCUAGUUUCAACAUUGGUUUCUUUCUCAAUUCCUUUAGGAAAUCUGUUCGGUGGCGUUACAACCGGAAUUAUGACGGAAAAUUUGGGCAUGCGCCUCUCUACCACAGUUUAUGGCGGAAUAUUCUUAUUUCUG